AAGAUUCCUUAAAACUAUAGGUGUGUCUGGUUACCCUAAAAUUUGUAACAAUUGUUACAAAUUGUUACUGGAAGUCGUCUGUUAACCCAAAAGUUCUGCAAAAGAGAGCGGUUGGAGAGAGAAAUUUUGACAGUUCUUUCAGUGAGAGUUUGCAAAUUCUUGCUGGAAAAAUUUCUUCUUGCAAUCACUUGCAACUCUUCUUCUUCUCAUCCAUCGACAUUCAAUCAGAUGUUUUCUAUUGUUUGUUUAUUUAUUUUUGUGCUUUCAAUUUGAAAAUUUUUUUUGGAAUUAGCAAGACUAAUAGUUUUUGGAGAAAAACUUUACAAAAUGUGAAAAACGUAAAUGUUAAUAUGUAAUAAGAAAAUAAAAGACUAUUUCUAACAUUUUUAUUUAAAAAACUUGUAAAAUUAGUAUUGCUUCCUUUGUUUUAAUUCUCCUUAUGGGGGACAAAUUGGUUUGUUUUGAUUUGAUCAGCUGAUUAGUUGCAAGCUUCUGCAGGAAUACCGUCUGUUUACUUUUCGCAUUUUCCUUGCAAAAGAGAAUAAAACUACCUUACUCUCUCAGAAAGAAGUUACUGGACAAUUCCUGCAGGAAAAGUAACCAGACACACCUUAUGAAUUACCACUGCAGCUGGAAUACGCAAAAGAGAGCCAAUUUAAUAAUUCUAAUUGGAAUGACAGCUGUAUUAGCUACUGUAGACCAGGCUAUGAGUGGAUGGAAAGAAUACAAAUAGACCCGAAGUUAUUUUCUCUAAAUUAUUUCGGAAGGAUAUAGAAAAAAUACAAAUGGGGAUAUGGCACUGCAAUGUCCAAACAUUAAAAAUUCUUCAGGACGAUGUCAUAUCAACGACAAUUUGUCGGGAUUGUCAUGACCAAUUGUCUGGUUUCAAUCAAUUCUGCAAAGAUGUUAGCUCUAAACAGUCCAAUCUACAAGAUCAAUAUCUAGGAGUUCGACUGAAAACAGAGUGUCAAGAUGAUACAGACGAUAGUUACUCAAAUGAUGCAAUAUUUGAACCAUCCAUUGAUCUCGUUAAAACCGAGAUGGAUUUAGAUGAUGAUGAAAUUAUCACUGGAGAUGUUUUGAAUGAAACGGAAAUAGCAGAAGAUGAUAAUGCUGACAAUGAUUACAUGGAUGAUGAUAGUAUAUCGGAUGAUGACAUGCCACUGAUAAAUCUCAAAUGUAAAAAGACCAAAUCCAAAGCAAAAAAUAAAACCAAUAAAACUGACCCAAAUAAAACAAAACAGUUCACAAGGGAAAAGAAACAAAAAAGUUAUCUAUCAGCUCAACAAAUUAUAUCUGCAUGCGUAGAGCUGAAAUGUGACAUCUGUCAAAAUCCAGUUAAUACCUGGAAAGAACUAAGAGAACAUUAUUUAAUAGCUCACACAAGACGUCCAUACAUUAAAUGUUGCAAUAGUGUAUUUGAAAAGCAAAGGCAAUUGGCUGACCAUUUGAUUCGCCAUAAAAAUCCUGAUAAAUUUAGAUGUAAGCAGUGUGAUGUGGUACUUAGUGAUCUGAAAGAAUUGGCAAAUCAUAUUCAGACCAAACAUCCAAACAAUACUGAAUCCUCAGCGACUGAAUAUCAUGAAUGUCCACAUUGUUCCCGACAAUUUCGUAGCUUUAAGGCAUACACCAAUCAUUUGCAUAAGCAUAACGCAACUGAGGAAGGAGGUAAAAAGAGUCUGGGAUGUCUUAUAUGCAGCAAUAAAAAUUUCGAAAAUGAACAAGCAUUGCGACAACACAUUGACACCGAACACAAAGAUAUUUACUAUCACAUUUGUGAGAUUUGCGGUAAAACAUUCAAAGCUAAAGAAUCGUUUAAGAAACACUACGAAACGCACAAGGGAAUUGUUGAACCCCCCGUUCAGUGUACCAUAUGUCACAAAUUUUACAAGAACUAUGAUAGUUUGCGCCUACAUCGUAUGCGGCACGAAGAACGUCCGCGUUCAUGUGAGAUAUGUGGACGUAAUUUUACAACACAACGUACCUGGAAGAAACACGUACAGUAUUGGCAUGAAAUGGAGAAAAAUCUGCCGUGUACGCUAUGCGAUAAGGUGUUUCGUGAGAAACGGAACUUAGAUGAACACAUGGCCACACACACCGGUGCCCUGUUGUAUGCCUGUCCACACUGUGGCAAAGAAUCACGUUCGCGUGCCAAUAUGUAUGCCCAUGUUAAACGUCAACAUCCCGAAGAGUGGUGGCGCAAGAAAAUGGAACGUUUCAAUUUAGAUCCAGAUACAUUAAAACCUAAAACAUUGCCGCAGGAUGGACAGUAGUGAAAUUCAGUAUUUUUUUUAGAAGUUCCAUUGCUUUUCAUUCCCAACAAUAUUUUGUUGAAUGCUAGAAAUAAUCAUCAUCAUCAGAGUUAAAAUAAUAAAAUUUAUUUAUUUAA